AUGACUGCGACGGGCAGCGAAUCAGCGUUGGUCUGGUCGCAGCAGUACAAAAUGGCCACUGUGUGGAGACCUGUAGCCUUCGACCAAAACCCCUGCAUUGCUCAGAGCCAGCACCCACAGGCCAGCAUCGCCCCAGAGGUCUACGACCUGGUCAGAUCCGCGCCGCAGAACUGCACCGCGCUGAGCAACACCAUGCUCUGCGGCAGCUACCUGCUCGAUAUGGGCCUCUUUGACGCCAUCAGGGCCGGCGCCUGCCAGCUCGGCUGCACCAGCUCUGCCCCUCCGGGCUGCUCAGUCCCCCCGGCCCCGGCCGUGAAACCGUACGCAGCCUUCAAGGCGGUCCUGCCAGCCUUGCAGCCGGCUUUGGCGCCGGCGACCGUCCCGGCCCCCGCGCCCGCGCCGGCGUGCCCGCCGCAGCCGCAGCCGGGCUGCUCCCGGGCGGAGCACGUGUGCGGGGCGCAGGGCCAGUACAGGAUCUCGGACGCCCAGUUUAACGCCCUCAAUGCCGCCCACAGCUGUGCCGCUGACCUGGACGUCUCCUUCUGCAUUGUUGGCAGGUUCGUUGUGGAGGCGCUGGUGUUUGAUGCGGUCAAGGGCGGCAACUGCACGAGGGAGUGCCUGGAGGGCGUCUCCCUGGCCACCUGUCCUGCCGCGGCCGCGCCAGAUCUGGCUCCUGCGCCAGCUCCCGGUUUUGACCUCUACGGCGCUCCCGCACCGGUGGUGGCAGCCAGCAGUAACCGCCUGGCGCAGCUAUCUACACUGUCUGCAAGCACAGCACAGGUGAUGAAGGGCGGCUCUGGUUCCAUGUAUGAGCUCCUCAUGGGCCCCUUGGGAGAGUGCUCUGUCACCUGUGGUGGCGGCCAGGCGCAGCGUUCCCUCUCCUGCAUCGAUGCCAUUCUAGGGCUGCCAGUUGAGAUGUCCAAGUGCCAGCUGGACGCCAGCGCCCUGCACAACCUCACCCAGCCCUGCAACACCCAGCCGUGCGGCAGCUGCCACUGGGAAGCCGGCGAGUGGAGCACCUGCUCAGCGGCAUGCGGCACAGGGGCAGCCACGCGCAGCGUCCAGUGCAUAAGCGGCGGCCAGGCCGUGGCGGUUGAUUCCGCGCAAUGCGCCGGCGGCUGCGCGGCGGCCGCCGCGCCGGCCGCGUUUCGGAGCUGCGCUGCGGCGGCGCCGUGCGUGGCCAUCAUGUGGCAGACCGGCCCCUGGUCCGCCUGCCAAGGCGGCGGCGCCACCCGCAGCGUUGCCUGCGUCGACGCCAGCGGCAGAAGCACUGAUUCACAGGAGUGCACCCGGCUGCUGGGUGCCGCGCCGGAAGCGGCGAGAACGUGCGGCGUGUCCGGCUGCUCGGCCGACGCGGCCUGCAUGAACGGGGGCACCUGUAACACUACGUCAGCGGUGUGCGCGUGCCGUACGGGCUUCGCCGGCCCCACCUGCUCCAUCUCGCUAGGCCCCUGUGCCGGUGGCAACAAUUCGUCAGCGCUGACAGGGCCCCUCAACGCCAGCACGCCGCUGUGCUGCCCCACCGGCGUCGUGGACAAGCAGGGCGCCUGCUGCAGCUCGGGAGUGGUGAGCGACGGGGGAGCAUGCUGCGCUGCACCCAUCAAGGGGACCGCCACGCUGGACCGCUCCGGCCAGUGUUGCAGCAGCGGCCGACUGGAUGCAUGCGGCAUGUGCAGCGGCAACGCUACGGCUGUCGACUUCACCGGCGCCUGCUGCGCUGGCAGCCUCGACGCGGGCGGCCGCUGCUGCCCUGCGCCGGCCGUCACUGAUGAAUUUGGCGUCUGCGGCGGAGACUCGUCCUCUGGCCUUGUCGUGCUCAAUCUGGGCACUCUCACCAACGACACCCAAGGCAAGCGCCUCAGCGACAGCAGCUCUCCAGGAUACGCUGCAUUCAGUCAGGGUCUCCUCAGCGAUCUCAGUACAAGGCUGGGCGUCAACACCUCGCAGAUCUCUCUGAAGGCCGUCAGCACCCCUGGAGCCGCCGCCAGACGACUCCUGUCCAGCGAAGUGACACCAGUGAUUGAUGGCGUCAUCCAGAAUUCAGCCACGGGCCAUCCGUCCAGAAUCUUGUACAACCCAGACCUUGCUUUCAUGUCCGUGCUGGGUGCGGCAGGGAGUCAGCACCUCGCCCAUGCCUUCACCCAUCUGGCGCAUGGGAGGGCUCUGGCGCAGUAUAGCUCAGCAGCAGCGGCAGCUGAGGCGACUGUGUGGGUGGUCCCCCCGUACGGAUCGCUGACAUACGCGCAGCUGCUGCAGCUUCUGGGCAACAGCUCGGCUGCGGAUGCGGCUGUGCGCCUGACCGGCGUCAGCAGCUUCAGCAAGAGCGGCCUCGCCGGCAACGGCCUCUGCGAGCUCGGAGAGCUUCCCUCCGCCGACUCGGCAGGCAAGCAUACAUGUGUGCCGGCAGACUGCCCAUUGGGCUACCACGCAGUGCCCAGCGGGUUCAAUGGGACUGCCUGCAGCGGGCGAGGGCUGCCGGUAGCGGCGCAGGGCGCGUGCCAGUGCUUUGUGGGCUACGAGGGCCCGGCGUGCGGCGGCUGCGCGGACGGCUAUUGGCCGGCCGGCGGCCUGUGCCAGCGCACGCUCGGCAGCUUCCAGGCAGCUGCAGCCCUCGCCGGCCGUAACUCCCUCCUCAUCCCAGCCGCCGCACCCGCCCCGGCCCCCGCCGCCGCAGCCAAGGACGAGGCGGCGUCACUUGCAGCGCCACUGAUCGCGUCUCUGCUGGGGGCGUUCCUGGUGCUGUCCUUGGUGGCGGUUGUCUGGGUGAUUGUGUCGCGCCGCCGCAAGCGCAGAGCGGCCGAGCCGGCCGAGAAGGCACCCGCCGUCGAGGGCAGCAAGGGCUCCCUGCAAGACCCCGAGAAGGGCCACAACGCUGCCACCUCAUCCCAGGUGGCUGGAACGUUGGGCCCACAGAGUCAUGCCAUCAGCCUGGUGUCUGACAGCAGCACCCCCCAUGCUGCUAGUCCAACAGAGACUGCCCGCGGCAGCUUCUUCGGCCUGUUUGGCAGGCAGUCUCAACAGCCACCCAUGCAGCCCACCGCCAGCCCUGUGUCGGACUCGAGCUCGUCAGGCUCAGUGUCAUCGCUGACGUCAGCGUCGCGCCGCCGCUCGCACGCGAUGGGCUCCAUCACUUUCGCCAGCCCUGCAGACUCGCGUAGCGCCCCCAUCAACACCUCCCGCAGGCACGCCUUCUUUUUACAUUUUUGA